AUGCUGUACCUCGUGGGACUUGGUCUCUCCGACGAGACCGACAUCACGGUCAAAGGUCUAGAGGUCGUCAGGAAGGCGUCCAGGGUGUAUUUGGAAGCCUACACCAGCAUCUUGCUUGUAGACCAAUCUGUGCUUGAGGACUACUAUGGCCGGUCAAUAACAAUCGCCGACCGUGAAAUGGUCGAAUCAAACAGCGACGAGAUGCUGCGCAGCGCCCAAAACGAAGACGUCGCCUUCCUUGUCGUCGGCGAUCCAUUUGGCGCGACGACACACACCGACCUAGUUAUUCGAGCUCGCGAAUUGUCUGUCCCUGUGCGGACUGUACCUAACGCGUCCAUCUUGUCCGGCAUCGGCGCUUGCGGCCUUCAGCUAUAUAAUUUUGGACAAACAGUUUCCAUGGUAUUCUUUACCGAGUCGUGGAAGCCUGCCUCGUUUUACGACCGCAUCAAAGAGAAUCGUGCCAUUGGUUUACAUACGUUGGUCUUGCUGGAUAUCAAAGUCAAAGAGCAGAGUCUGGAGAACAUGGCUAGGGGGAGAUUGGUCUAUGAACCCCCGAGAUACAUGACGGUUGGACAAUGCGCGAAACAGAUGAUUGAGAUCGAGGACGAGAAGAGGGAGGCUGCAUAUACCCGCGAUAGUUUGGCCGUUGGGGCGGCACGAGUGGGCGGGAAGACAGAACAGUUCGUUGCUGGGACGUUGGAGGAGCUCUGUUCGACUGACGAUCUGCUUGGUCCUCCUCUGCAUAGUUUGGUUUUGCUGGGAAGGCGAACGCACCAUCUGGAACUCGACUACGUCCGUGAAUUCGCUGUAGAUAAGGAGAAGUGGGAUAGGAUUUGGAAGGAGGACUACGGAAAACAACUCUGA